CUGAGUCACCUUUUUGGCUUAUAGUUAGAGUCAGCUUCACUAUUUCCCACACAGCUCAAAACCCACUUUUUUUGUUGUUGAAUUUCUCAUAUAGUCAUAGCACUAACUCUCUCUCUCUCUCUCUCUCACUCAGACUCUCUGACAAGCUCCAAAGCAAAAGCAAAAGCAAAAAAGAAAAAAAAGAAAAAAAAACCAAUAAGCAAUGGAGGGUCUCCCUCCUGGUUAUCGUCCCAACGUUGGCAUUUGCCUCAUCAACCCUGAUAAUCAAGUUUUUGUGGCUUCAAGAUUGAAUGUUCCAGGAGCAUGGCAGAUGCCUCAGGGGGGUAUUGAAGAUGGUGAAGAACCCAAAUCAGCAGCCAUUAGAGAACUUCGAGAAGAAACUGGAAUUGUGUCUGCCGAAAUUAUGGCUGAGGUUCCAAAUUGGUUGACUUAUGACUUCCCUCCUGCUGUGAAGGCCAAAGUCAAUCGUCUCUGGGGAGGUGAAUGGCAUGGGCAGGCACAAAAGUGGUUCCUUAUGAGAUUAACAAAAGAUGAGAGUGAGAUCAAUCUAGCUAAUGGUGAAGCAGAGCCAGAAUUUGCUGAAUGGAAAUGGGCAGGCCCAGAAGAAGUUGUUGAGCAGGCGGUGGACUACAAAAGGCCAACGUAUGAGGAAGUUAUGAGAACCUUCGAGCCUUACUUAAGUGGAAAUUCAAUCUCCACAAAAUGUAAAUCAUCUAAAUGGUGAAUGUUGUGGGUGUGUAUCAUUUGGUUCUAAGAGUUCCGUACAUGACUUAAAUUUCCCAUUAAAAUUUGGAUUUAGUAGAAGUUUGCUCUUUGUAAAUGGAAAUGGAAGUAAGAACUGAAAAAUAGAUGGUUGCUUUAUUGUAACAAUAAGAUCUUUGUUGUGAUGUAGUUCUCUUUAGUGGUUUUGAUUAUGAGGAUGCUUUCAGAUGUGUAUAAAAGAAACUGGGGGAAUAGGCUUGAGAGCUUGUUGCAUAGUCUGUAACUAUCACUGUGAAGUUGGUAUAAAUUUUGAAACAUUUGCACAAUAUGAUUUAGAAUAGAAUGUGAAAAGGAAUAUAUGCGGGUGACCAUGACUAGUUUUAUA